ACCUGCUGGGGAUGCUGGUCACUUCCUGCCUCGGAGGGAGCAGGUGGGAGGACCAAGAGUUGCAGGUGGUACUCAACGGCUCACACUCGCUGUGCCAAGGCCAGGUGGAAGUUCACAUCCAGAACACGUGGCACACGGUGGACAAUCGAAGCUGGGACUGGCACAACAGCCUCCAGGAGUCCCUCCAACAGGCCUCAAAGCUCUGCCGGAAGCUGGACUGCGGGGAGGCCCUGAUCCUCGGCCACUUCCCCCGCUUCAAGCCCCCCAAGAACCAUCCCCCAGUCACCUGCCGGGGACAUGUGGGCUCCUUCGCCAAGUGCAAUGCCAGCUCGUCUGCCCAGACCAAGCCCCUGGGCCUCGUCUGCUUAGAGCCCCCCAAGAAGACCCCUCCUCCCACAAGCCCCCCACCCACGACAACUCCGGCGCCCACAGAUCCACCCAGGUUUCUGCUGGUGAAUGCGCCCCGGGGCCUGCGGUGUGCCGGCGUGCUGGAGGUCUACAUGGGGGGCGUCAUUGGCUCCGUCCACUUCGACGAGGCUUGGGACAGCGCCCAGGGCCUGGAGAACCGCAUCUGCGACAGCCUCCAGUGUGGCACCUUUGUGAAGCACCUUGAGAGGCUGAACGGGUCCCUGCCCAUCCGGUGGAGGAUGGCCAACCCGACGAGCUGCACCUUCCCCGAUGGGUGCUUCCUGCGGGUGCAGCCCCCAGACAGCGGUCGGCCACUCGCCCUGCUCUGCUCCGAGUUCCAGCCCAAGGUGCAGAGCCGCCUGGUCGGGGGCAGCGGCCCCUGUGCCGGCUCCGUGGAGGUGCGGCAGGACGGGCAGUGGGCAGCACUGUGCAGCAGCAAGUCCAUAGAACUCUGGAAGGAGGUGUGCAGGGAGCAGCGGUGUGGCCAUUUCAUAUCCGGCCACGAGCUGGAUGCCAGCGAGUCCCUCCAGGGGCAUCCGUGUUCCCAGAAGAAUCUGUCGCAGUGCCACCUGCUGGAGGAAAAACGGAAAUGCAAGAGGAUGUUCAUCACGUGCCAGGACCCGAACCCGGCGGGCCUGGGUGCAGGCUCCGUGAUGAGCAUCAUCCUGGCCUUGGUGCUCCUGGCCAUGCUGCUGACCGUGUGCGGGCCCCUCGCCUACAAGAAGCUGGUGAAGAAAUUCCGCCAGAAGAAACAGCGUCAGUGGAUUGGUCCCACGGAAAUGAGCCAAAACAUGUCUUUCCACCGCCACCACACGGCCACGGUGCGCACCUCGGCCGUGAACCCCACCGCCACGCACGUGGAGAACGAGUACAGCCAGCCGCCCACCAGCGCCAACACCGCCUACCCAGCUCUGGAGGGCGCCCUGCGCCGUAUCUCAACCCAGCCCGACAACUCCUCGGACAGCGACUAUGACCUGCAAGUGACCCAGAGGCUGUAGGGCGUGAGGA